AGCCCAAACAAACAUUAUUCUUCGUUUUCCACCCAAAUCCCUCUCCCUCUCUCUCUCUCUCUUUUAUUGUUAUAUUUAAUCGUACCAUCCCGAAGCUCUCGAAAUGUCUACAGACCUCGAUCUCCGACGGACUUUGUUGGAAGUCGUCCGCCGUCCGGCGAUCAAGCUUCAAAUUCCACGGCCGUUGUCAUCAAUGGCAGCCGAUCACGGCGGUGUGAUAAUUCAGAAAGAGAGAAAUGAUAAAAUCGACGGCGGCGCUGAAGAAUUAUGCUGCCGCACGCCGACAUCAGCAGAGAACAAGAUUCCAGUGGUGCUACAAUGUCCGCCGGCGCCGCGGAAACGGAAGAGACCUCCGACUUGUAGAAGAAGACUAAUCGAGCUUGAAUUCGUGGAGAUCGUGAGUAGAGAAGAGAUCGAACCGUAUUUUACUUCGAGUUUCGAUCACGAAAACAGAGUAAAAAAAUCCGCUAAAAUAAGCUUCUGCGAGUGUAAAUGAUCAGUAAUUUCUCCAAUCGCCAUUGUUAAUUAGCUUCUUCUUCUUCUUUUUCUUCCUCUAAUUCAUUUCUUUCUUCAAUUAAUGUAAAAUUCUCUCUGAAUGCUAAUGUAAAACGAAUUAUCACACGUUACGUUCAAUGUAUGUAAGACGAUUUUAGUUUC